GGAGGUAUACGAUGAGCUCCCCUCCGGGCACCAAGGCACGGCUGGGGACGCUCCUUCCAGCAGGAGCAAGGCCGUUACCGGCCCACCGGAAAAGAUGCCCCUUAUCAGCAGCUUCAAACAGCGGGAUGCAUCUCAAACUCCGGUCAAGAAAACUAUCAGGUUCAACUUCCAAAACCUGAACACUUUCGUCAAAAUUCGUGAGCUGUACUGUGCCUACGACUACUGCAAGUAUGGCUUCCCUCUCUCCAGCAUUCGUCCUGAGCUGGACAGGCGAAAGGAGAGAACAGUGAAGCCACAGAAAGGGUCAGCAAAGGACGCGGUAAAGAAACACAACACACGACACCAGCAAACAGUUGGAGCAGCUCGCUGUGCACAAAUGAAUACCACUACUGAAGGGAAGUCUCCUAAAGGUAUCCUGAAGAAAGAAAAGAUGCCACGGUCCACCUGUCCAGGACAUGUGCGCUUCAACCUUGGUAACCUCCGCGCCCCCGUCAAGGAACGUGAGGUGUACCGUGGCCACGACACCUUCAGAUACGCCGCGCCGCUCCAAGUCACUCAGCCUCCCAACUUUACCUCGAGGCCUCACCAGCAGCCCGUUAGAUCCGCCUCUAACUCGCUGCGUGGCGCACCUCGGCACGUCGAGAGGCCGACACAGCGGAGGAACGACUCCUUCCAGCAAAACAGUGGCUGGUAUGCUGCACACAACUACACCAACAGCCGCCACUCACAGCACCGCCAGCACAACGCCAGCAGCCACGUCCCGCCAAGAUACGAAACAAGGCAUUUCUACGAGAGACAGACACAUCGGGGCACCAACUCCCGCAGCAGAAGUCGUGCCAAGAGAGGCGCAAAGCCGAGUGGUGGCGAGUUUCUGUGAGCACCGGGCGAGUACACAGCGUCGUGAUCAAACUCAAAUGUUCAGCGACGUACAGGUGACGUACAUUCCGGGUGCAUUUCUCAACACCCUCUGAACAGUAACUGUCGCUGACUGGUGAUAACAGAGACUGAGGAGUGCCAAGAAGCACCACAAUCACACUGAGAGGAACGGCUCGCCAGCUGACUAAAAUCACCAUGCAGAGGAACGCAUCCCAUGGAACGGUGCCACUUCUACGGAACAAAUUGUUCAAGAGUGUCGCAUCUGUGGGGAGUGUUUGGACGCAUGUGUGUGCUUACAUUUCUUAUCUUAUAUUUCAAAUGAAAAAAUAGAAAAUAUUGUCUUACA